AUGGCACCGACUCGCAUCAUCUUAGACACCGACCUCUCCAUGGGCGCCGGGGCAGACGUCGACGACGGCUUCGCCCUGGCCCUAGCCCACGCCGACCCCAAUAUCCAACUCGACCUCGUGACGACGGUAAACGGCAAUACAGACGUUGAAAGCGCCACCAUCCUCACCGGCGUCCUCAUGGAUCGCUUGAACGUCAAUGCCCAGGACACACCUCUCGUUCGUGGCGCGGAAACACCAAUGAUGUACUCGGAAAAGCGCCGCAUACCAGCGGCACACGUCAGCGCCAUGAAGAACACGGCGCGGCCACCAGUCCCCGGCAAGUACGCGGCCCUGGCCAUGGUAGAACAUAUCAUGGCCAACCCAGGCGAGAUCACAGUCGUAGCGAUCGGACCGCUGACCAACAUCGCCACGGCGAUCCUGCUCGAGCCGCGCAUCAAGACGGCCAUCAAGGAGCUCGUCAUCAUGGGCGGUGUCUUCUUCGGCAGCAUGUACAGCCACAACAAGCCCGGCGAGUUCAACGUGUUCACGGACCCAGAGGCCGCCCGCGCGGUGCUGUACAGUGGCAUCACGCAGCGCUGGAUCGGGCUGGACGUCACGCUGCAGGUGCGUUUGACCAUGGAGGACGCCGAUAGCCUGAAGAAGUCGCCGUCCAAGUUCGCCCAGUUCGCGGGGCAGGCGUCGGCAACAUACAUCGAUUACCAGGCCGUGAGAUUUCCCGGCAGGCCGAAGAUGACCUCGGUGCCCAUGCACGACCCCCUGGCGGUGGCAUGUGUGUCGAAGCCGGAGUUGUGCGAGUACAGAGACAUGGCUGUUGAUAUUGUGACGGGCGAUGUGAAGGGUCGGGGCAUGAUGAUUGGGGAUCGGUUAGAGCUGCCUGACCCCCCGAAGCCGAAUUGUCGGGUGGCAGUCGGGGUAAAUGCCGAGGGGUUCAGGAACCAUUUCUUGUCGUUUAUUCAGACACUAUAG